AAAAAACUGGACGGCGAUCGGAGAGCGAAGAUGGCGGGUACCUCUGAUCCUCUGGAAGAUAUGCUCUUCUCCGAGGUGGACGAGAAGGCUGUGAGCGACUUGGUGGGCUCUCUAGAGUCACAGCUAGUCGGCCAAGGCGGCCCGGGGGCCCCUCACACAGACAGUCGGAGCGCUGCGGCCGCGAGCACCGCCAACCACCACUUGGGAAGAGCGCUGGCUGCCCCAGUGGGAAGUGUACCGGAGCCGCAACAACAGGGAGCGCGGAAAGCGGGGCUCAGCCAGGAGCCCCUGUCGAACGACCGCUGCUCCGGGAAAGCCACCGUGCCGCCCGCACUCAGCUCCGGUGCGCCCUUCGGGGAACCGCCCAGCAGCACCUGCGGCAGCGGAGCGAAGACGAGCGGAGCCUUGCACUCACAUGUACCGUCCGGACCGGGAAGUUUGGCUGCGCAGACGACAAGGAGCUCCGUCCUAUGUCCGGAGGGCUCUGCGGCUGUCGCCUCCGACACCGACGGGUCGCAGAAUCACAUCUCCACGGCUGGGACCCACGCAGUGAACGGGCGCGACGGAGCGGCGGCGCUGCCGCUGGCGGGGACCCCUGCGAACAGCGCUGCUCCGGCGGCGAGCUCCGGACUCCAGGCGGGCUCUGGAGCCGCUCCUCUGGUGAACAGUGUGGGCAGCGCUGUGGGCAGCGCCAUGGGCAGCGCCGUGGGCACCGUGAACUCAAGCGUGAUGCAGCCGGCGGUUGCCAGUUCGGCCACUUUGAGCGCCGCUCAGGCUCAGCCCGACUUCCCUGCCUCACAGCCUACGGUUUCCCUGGACGGCCCGUCGCCAUCCCUGCAGAGACUGCCGGGUCACAUCAUGGUCAGCGUUUCCCACAACGGCACCGGCGGCGCUGCGGUCCCGGGCGACUCCGCUGCCCCGGCGGUGAACCACAACAAGAGCGCAGAGGUCGGCAGCGCCCCGGCAGAGCCUCCGCUCCCGGCUACGCAGUCCACGGUGAUCAUGCCGAGCCAGGCCGGCGCGGGCACGCCGCUGCCAAGUCCUGUCACCUGUGCUGCCCCCACGGCCAGCGCAGCCCCCGCUCAGCUCCAGAGCACCGGCGCGCCCGUCUCCAGCAGCUCCCUGCCUCUUGCACCGCCCGUGAAAGCGACUGCGAGUGUGAGCGCGACCUCGCAGCCUCCGGCCAGCACCGUGGUGAGCGCGCUGAGACCACCCGGGGUGCCGGCACCCUCUGCCACGCAGCCCCAGCAGAUCAGGCCCACGACGGCGGCGGCCGCCCAGAGGAUAGUGGCGCCGCAGCUGAUCGUGAGGCCGCCGCAGCAGCAGACCACGAUCCAGCUUCCUCCGGGCUUCACCAUCCCGCCGGGCAUGGUGCUGGUCCGCACCGAAAUGGGCCAGCUGGUCAUGGUUCCUCAGCAGGCUCUGGCUCAGGCCCAGGCCCAGGCUCAGGCCCAGGCCCAGGCCCAGAACAGCAUCUCCCCACGACCUGCUGCCCCCACCACUGCGACCACCUUCCGGGUGACUACUACACAGUCUCCUGUGACGUCCCAGGCCAUCCGCCCGUGUCCUCCUGUCCAGGCCAAGGUGGUUCCUUCACCCUCUCCCGCUGGGAGCACCGCCCUCCAGGCAGCUGUGAUGGGGGCCCCGGCGACAGCACCGCAGCAGCCGACCACAGUGAUCGCAGCAGGACAGAGCGGCCCCCAGGCCACCGCAGCCUCGCAGAGCACCGCCUCAGCCAUCCCCGCCACCCCUGCCCCGGCUGUCUCCGUCAUCUCACAGGAGAUGCAGGAGAAUGUGAAGAAGUGCAAGAACUUCCUGGCCACUCUGAUCAAGCUGGCGUCACACAACUCACCGUCUCCGGAGACGUCCCGCAACGUGAAGGCGCUUGUGCAGGACCUCUUGGAUGCAAAGAUCGAGCCCGAGGAGUUCACCAGUCGACUGCAGACGGAGCUCAAGUCCUCCCCUCAGCCUUACCUGGUCCCCUUCCUUAAGAAAAGCCUUCCUGCUCUGCGGCUCUCGCUCCUCAACAGCCAGCAGUCGCUGACGCAACCCCCAGCCCAGCAGGCCAAGCCUUCCACGGGGCCUGUGCCCACCAUCGUGGCUGGACCCACAGUGAGAGUGCGCCACCCUGUGCCCAACAGCGUGGCUGGGGGUGUACCUAGUGUGCUGCCCAGUGCGGCUCAUGGACAUACUACAACCCUGGGUGUGAAGAGGCCAGGUGUUCAAGCAACUCCAGUGCGGAUGCCUGUGGUUAUCACGCAGACAGUGCGACCUCAAGGCACACUUGGGAAGGGACCAGCAAUACAGGCGAGCAAAAGUCCCGUGGGCCCAGCUGCCCCAGGCGCUGCCAAUCAGAAAAACAAGCUCAACGACCCCGGGGGUGGUUCUUUCAGGGAUGACGACGAUAUCAACGACGUGGCCUCUAUGGCUGGUGUGAACCUCAACGAGGAGAGCGCCCGCAUCCUGGCCACCAACUCGGAACUGGUGGGCACACAGAUCCGCUCCUGCAAGGAUGAGGCCUUCCUGCCCACGAGCCUGCUGCACCGGCGCAUCAUGGAGACAGCUAAGAAGUUCGGACUCACAGAUGUGCCUGCAGAGACGGUCGGCUUAAUCUCCCACGCCACGCAGGCUAGGCUGCGCAGCAUGCUGGAGAAGGUGACUGUCAUCGCACAACACAGGAUGGAGACGUGCAAGGAUGACGAGCACUAUGAGCAGUCGUCGGAUGUGCGCUCCCAGCUGCGGUUCUUCGAACAGCUGGAAAGGCUGGAGAAGCAGAGAAAAGACGAGCAGGAGAGAGAGAUUCUGCUGAAGGCCGCUAAAAGCCGCUCGAGGCAAGAGGACCCGGAACAAGCCCGCCUCAAACAGAAAGCUAAGGAGAUGCAGCAGCAGGAACUUGCACAGAUGAGGCAGCGGGAUGCCAAUCAAACUGCACUGGCGGCGAUCGGACCUCGGAAGAAGCGCAAGCUGGACACGUCCGGGGCCACAGCGCCAGGGGGUGAGGUAUUAGGCAGUUCAGUGGGCUCACCGGCCGGGACCUCCUCGAUCGGCGCCUCCUCCCGCCAGUACGCAAGGCAGCGCAUCACCCGCGUCAACCUCAGGGACUUGAUAUUCUGCAUGGAGCAGGAGCGGGAGAUGGCACGCUCACUGCUUCUGUAUCGCGCUCUACUCAAGUAGCCCCUGCCAGCCCACAGCCCUCCCUCACGGUGCCUUCCGUCGGGUCAGUUGCUUCUGCUCGUCUUCAGCGUGACUUCAUUUGGAUAUUUUUUAAUAAAUUAAAAACGAACUUAAAAAGGAAAAAAAAAAAAAAAAAAACAGGAUUAGCUUCCUCCUCCCCUUUAUCCGCAAAAUAUACCGUGUCUUUUGUGUUAUGUAUAUGGGAGACGACCAAGCAGGAGUGCGGUUCAGAAUGGCGCGUGCGUGCGUGCGUCACCUGUAUAUUCUUCAUCUACCUGGUACUUAACUGGCCAUCCCAAAGUGAAGGAGAACUCUGUGUCCUUUUUUAAAAGCAAUAUAUUGGAGACCCUCCAAAGUUGAUAGUUUCACUGCAUUGCCUCACAUUUCCAAACAAGACAGCAGAGUCUCCGAAAGGCGCCUCGUACUUCCAGCGUCUUCGUAUUCUGUGCUUAUUUGGAAUUAUCAAAAUGAAAAUGAAGAGAAACUGAGUACAACUGCAACAGCAAGUAAAUUCAGAUGUAAAUAGUUAAUUUGCUUGAGGGCAGUCUUAACCAGCAUGUACAAUAGUUUUGUCACCUAUUUAAUAUUUUAGCAUCAAAGUAAUUUUUCAGGUCAUGAGCGUCUGCUACCGUGAAAUUAUGUAUGUUGCAUUUCUUAAAGAAAGACAGUGUGUGAUUGUUCUAGUGGUCAGUCUGUGUAAAUGAGUAAAUCUGCCUGUGUUCCUUCAACUCGUACACAUCCUGAUCAGGCUGGAUGGGUGUAAUAGCCAAGUGAAGAAGGUUGUUCAGACACGGGCUCCAGCACAGCUCUGUCCUUCGAGCACCAUGACCACAAGCAGCAGACUGAGGGUUCCUUCACAAUGUCAGUACGGUGACCUUCUGUGCAGCGGAAAAGAUGAUACCUUCCCAUGUGAGUGAUUAGACUGUUGAUGAUUGUACCAUCAUGUGCAACUAUUCAUAUCCUGUUUCUCUAUUUGUGUUUUUAGCCUUGAUCAGGUGUCACCUUGAACCGGUAGCUGAGUUUAAGGGCAGUCGGUGCGAUAGGGAUUUUUUUCACUGGCGCACAUCUGAUUGGAAGAAUGGCACCCAGAUAUUUCCCACAAUGCAGUGCAACAGUCACUCGACUGGGUGGUGUGUUGUGGAGGCUUCCGGUAGAUUGCUUUUCACUCGGAACAGCACUCGCGAUGUACCUUGCUUCAGUUCGUCAUCUUUACACAACCCUGAUUUCCAUGGCCUCUCUUGGUUAAAAUCAGAGCCUCUUGCUUCUAUGCAGCUCCUGUGUCUAAAUUAUGCCGCUUAAAUCAUUUGAGUCGAGCAGAUGUUCCCAGGAUGGUUUUGAAGGUCACGUGCAUUGAAGGUUUAGUUUCCUAGCAGCGUCAUACUAUAUAGUUCUAGCAUUUUAUCGCAACUGAAAAAUAAAAACUGUUACUAAUGUACACUGAGAGCAUCUGUCUCUGCAAGCAUCAAGCAGUAUUGUCUAUAGCUGUUAAAGGGAAUUUUUUAACUAUUUAUAUUUUUUUAUUUUAUUAUUGUUUUUUUUAAUUUACAUUUAAGCUUGCCGCAUUUCAGGCAACACAGGUUUAUCUUGGUAAAGUACCAUAGCAGAUAUACAGAAGAAUAAAACAUCUAAAUAAUUUAAAAGAAGCACAAAUAGAUAUAUUUGUUGAGUGAUUUUCAGACAAUUUUAAUAAUUAUUUUUAUGGUUUCUGAUAAAAUAGCAGGGGGGGGGGGCAUUUUUACUUCUCCAGCUUUUUAGCCAAAAGAUUAUUAGGAUGGCAUUGCUGAAACACAGG